AUGCAUUUCACCACUAUCCUGGCUGUGUCAGCUUCAAUCUUUACCCUUGGUCUUGCCGUCGAUCCCCUUUCCUUCACCAGCUGGCCAGCAGACAUCGCAGCAGGCAAGCCCGUCACUCUGACAUGGACCGGUGCCGCUACUAACGAGCCUGUUGUUCUCACCCUCCGAAAGGGUACCUCCGGAAACCUGCAGGACGUGGAGGUUAUUACCGACCAGGGCAAGGAUGGCACUUUCACCUGGACCCCUGGUGCCAACAUCAAGGAGGGCGAGACCUAUGCUUUCCAGGUUACCCAAGAUGAUCAGAGAAACUACUCUGCUUUGUUGACGGCCGCCGCCCCUGCCAACCCAAUGCCCGCCGAUGCGGCUCAGACCGGUCCUACCUCGGGAAUCACUGCCGCCCCUACCACUGGAGCCACAAGCCAGGCUACCGAUGCCUCGGGGACCAGCAGCAAGGCCUUGAUCAGCUCAUCCUUCUCCGGCACUCCUUCUAGCACCCCCUCCGCCAAGCCUUCUACUUCCAUCUCCGCUGAGGCCCCCUUCGCCACUGAUGAUAAUGUUUUGAAUGGAAAGGAUGCAUCCGAGACCGGUAGUGUUCAAAGCUCUGCAUCUGUCUCCCGAUACUCUGUCGGGGUAGCAGCCAGUGCUUUGGCUAUGUUCUUCUAUAUGUUCUAA